AGGAGAGAGAGAGAGAGGGGGGGGUGGGGGGGAGAGGAGAGAGGAGUAUGGAGACGGUACCGAGGGCUGGUUACCAGCCGCACCCGGGGCUUCAGCAGACGCUGAAGCAGUUCCACCUGAGCAGCAUGAGCUCCCUGGGGGGGCCGGCGGCCUUCUCGGCUCGCUGGGCACAGAUGAUGUACAAGAAGGAGGGGGUCGGCAAGGAGGAGCCCCUCCUGCACCUCCCGGUCCAGCCCCCGCCGGCCAUGCCGGGCCCCCUGUUCAUCCCGUCGGACCGCUCGACCGAGCGCUGCGAGACGGUGCUGGAGGGCGAGCCGGUGUCGUGCUUCGUGGUGGGCGGCGAGAAGCGCCUGUGCCUGCCGCAGAUCCUGAACUCGGUGCUGCGCGAGCACACGCUGCAGCAGAUCAACGGCGUGUGCGACGCGCUGCACAUCUACUGCUCGCGCUGCACGGCCGAGCAGCUGGAGAUCCUGAAGGUCAUGGGCGUGCUGCCCUUCUCGGCCCCCUCGUGCGGCCUGAUCACCAAGACCGACGCCGAGCGGCUGUGCAACGCCCUGCUGUACGGGGGCAGCUUCCCGCCGCCGCGCCGCUCGCGCAAGGAGUCGGCGUCGUCGUCGUCGACGGCCGCCAUUGCUGCGUCGUCGUCCUCCUCCUCAUCGUCGUCGUCCUCUCACGCUCGGGCCCACCUCGAGCUCGAGGUGACCGAGCGCAGCUUCCAGGUGUACCACGAGUGCUUCGGCAAGUGCCGGGGGCUGCUGGUGCCCGAGCUCUACACGGCCCCCCACGCCGCCUGCAUCCAGUGCCUGGACUGCCGCCUCAUGUACCCGCCGCACAAGUUCGUGGUGCACUCGCACAAGGCGCUCGAGAACCGGACCUGCCACUGGGGCUUCGACUCGGCCAACUGGAGGGCCUACGUGCUGCUCGGCCAGGAUUACACCCGCAAGGACGAGAAGGCGCGGCUCGAGCGGGCGCUGGAGGAGGCCAAGGCCAGGUUCGACUACGGCGGCCGCUACAAGAGGAGGGCGUCCGGGGUGCCUUUUGACCAAACUGUGUUUAAGAAGUUGAAACAGGAUGAGGCAGUGUCUGACAUCAACAUCUCAGCUGAGAAAGAGCGACAGGCAGAAUGGUGGCGAUCGUUCUCCUCUGCAUCCAACGCCAAGAAUGUCCUGGGGGGUAUCUGUGUGCACCCUCAGCAGAGGCCGUCCGCCUUCCGGCCCUGGUCUCCGGCUGUGUCAGUGAGUGAAAAGGACACUGGUCACCUACUAGCUCUGCCUCGCGACAGUUUCUACGUGUACAAAGCCUACGAGAGCUCCGUGGCCCCCAACGUUGCCCUGGCCCCCAUCCCCCCGCAGAAGAGCGAACAGGACUCGCCGGCCGCCUACAACGGUGAGACCCCCGCACACGCCAGCUACAGGUCCUGGAAGAGGAGGGCGGCCGCCGAAUGUCAGCCCGACCCCGAGCCGGCCCCGACCCCUACCCCAGCCGCCUGCCCCCCCGAGGACAAGGAGUCCGAGGCUGAGGUCGAAGUUGAAUGCCGGGAAGGAUUCGCUUCCUCGCUCUCCUCGCUUUCUUCUCCGUCCUUCACGUCGUCCGGCUCGUCGGCCAAGGACCUGAGCUCGCCGGGAGUUCCGGCCCCGCCCGGGGGUGUGUCGGAGCACCUGGGACCUGGCGAGGGGCACGGCAACGGGCUGGAGGGGGAGCUCGAGCAUCUACGGCAGGCCCUGGACAACGGCAUCGACACCAAGGAGGCCAAGGAGAAGUUCCUGCACGAGAUCAUCAAGAUGCGAGUGAAGCAGGAGGAGAAGCUGAGUGCCGCCGUACAGGUCAAACGCAGCCUCCAGCAGGAGCUGGAGUUCCUACGAGUGGCGAAGAAGGAGAAGCUGCGGGAGGCCACCGAGGCCAAGAGAAACCUGCGGAAGGAGAUCGAGCGGCUCCGAGCCGAGAGCGAGAAGAAGAUGAAGGAGGCGAACGAAUCUCGGGUGCGGCUGAAGCGAGAGCUGGAGCAGACCAAGCAGGCGAGAGUGUGCGACAAGGGCUGUGAGGCCGGCCGGCUGCGGGUCAAAUACUCGGCACAGAUCGCAGAGUUACAGAUCAAGCUGCAGAGAGCCGAGGCGGACAGAGAACAGCUCCGAGCGGACCUGCUCCGGGAACGGGAAGCUCGGGAACACUUGGAAAAGAUGGUGAAGGAACUGCAGGAGCAGCUCUGGCUGAAACCGUGCGAGGGGGUGGGCUCGAAGGACAGCGAGAUCUAGAGCGGGGUAGGGGAGGGGGAUUGGGGGGAGUGCCAGCUCGCCCCACUCUCCCCUACAUUCCCGUUACGCACCGGUGCUGAACGCACCCCAAGGCGGCACCGAACAAGAUUUGACUCUCUUUCGGAGGAAGAAUGUUACAGAUCAAGGUGCCCGAGAGACAGUGAAAUACUGCACACCCUCCCUCCUCCGCCCCCCCCC